UUCCAGCUCGUUUCACUCUUCAUCCUGGGCGUUGGAGCCGCCGCCGCCAUCGAGCUGCCCAUCAGCCCCGUUUACCACUCACCCGCGGCCCUGGUGAAGCCCCUGCUGAAGACCAUCGAGGUGGAGGCUCCUGCCCACUACGACUUCGCCUACUCGGUGCACGACGAGCACACCGGCGACAUCAAGAGCCAGACGGAGUCCCGGAAGGGCGACCAGGUCCAGGGUCAGUACACGCUGAUCGACGCCGAUGGCUAUCUGCGCACCGUGGACUACACCUCGGAUGCCCACAACGGCUUCAACGCGGUGGUGCGUCGCGAUCCCCUGGGCCAGAAGGUGAUCAAGGCCGCGCCCGUUGCCAAGCUCUUGGCCCCCGCUCCUCUGCCCCUGGCCUACGCGGCCCCCAAGCUCCUGGCCCCCGCCAAACUGCCCCUCGGCCUCUACCACUAGGCUCUGGCCAGGAUUGAUCGAGAGAGAUAGCAAACACUGACUUCAUCGCAUCGACGACGACCCAUCCGCAUCCGCAUCUGUAUCUGUAUCUGAACUAUUGCUCAACUACCCAGAAACCUCGUAUCAUAUCAUACUUCCUCUGUUCCUUUCCUUUUCUCCUCUUCUCUGAUAUCUUUACUAAGACUUUUCGGCUCUCAGUCAUUCAAAGCGCCAUAACUCGAUGACUGGAGAGCCCCUAUCUCAUCUAUGUAAUACUAUGUGUAAA